AACAGCUGAUUGUCGCAUUGUAGUCACGCAGCGCUAUUUAGCUAUUUUGUUUUCUGAAAAUUAAAUAAAAGCAUAGUCUAACUACACAUAAUUUAGCAACUAUGCUGCGGAAAAAAAAUUCUAAAACAAAAACUGUAUCUGAUAAAAUUUCAGAACUGGUGGCGCGCAAUGCCAACGGAGAGGAAGACAGCAGCGACGAAAUAGGCGAAGAACCACGUGUGGAGGAGGAAUUUGAUGAGUACGACCUGCCCGAUGCACGCUCCUCAGAUAUCCGGAAACGAAAUGUAAAGUUGUUAUCAGAGCAAAGUGUGCGUUACCGGGGGAAAAUAUCAACACGUAAUGAAUUGGAGGAAGAACAGGAUAGUGAUUCGUUUGAAGGUGAAGAGCAGGAAGAUGAUGAUGAUUCCACAGAAGACGAUGAUGAAGGUGUGUUAAACGCAUUCACGAAAAAAUUAAGUGGGGCUGCUGAUAAAGCGGUUAACAGAAAUGAGGAUGGUAGUGACGACGAUUUGGAGCACAGCUCAACACAGUCAAAUAGUGACAGUGAAGAUAAGGGUUUAAGUGAUGAUGAGGAUGAUGAAGAUGAAGAUGAGGGAGAUCAAGAAGGCGAGGAUGGUGAUGAUGAUGGCAUCGAAAGUGAGGAUGAGGCUAGUGAAGAGGAGAAUGCGGAUGGAACCCGUAUAAUCGCUGAAACAAACCGUCAAGCCGAGGUGCAAAAAGGGCAAUGUGUGCAAAAUCAACUACAAAUUUGGGAACGUUUGCUUGAAAUUCGUAUUAACACACAAAAAGUGCUUAGUAAAUGCAAUCAGCUCCCGGCACCUAAUGAACUUAAAACAUUGCAGGAUCAGAAUGAAAAACUGGCAAAUGUAUCAAGUGAAUCUGUGACCAGAGUCAGUAAGUUGCUUAGCACUUUAUUGCAAUUACAAAAGGCAUGCAGUAAACAAUUCUCGGAGCAACGCAAUGCAUUAAAAACAACUUUAAAGCGUUCAGUACCCAUACAAAAUGUAGAUAAUGAUAUCCCUAUACCGCUAAAGCGUUUCGCUGAUUACACCCACGCACAUUUCGAAGAAUUCAAACCCUACCGCAAUGCGGUGUUGCUUAAAUGGGAUGAUCGUACCAAAUUGCUGACGCCGGGUGCUGGUGCCAAGAAGAAAUCGCUAACAGAAGAUUAUGAUAUUAUAAAGAAAAUUGAAAAUACUUUGCAGAGUCGCUCUAUGCUUAUAGAAAAAUCGCGAACAUUACAGAAUGGCGCAAAUGCUAAAACGCAAAAUGAUGGUGAGGAAAAUGAUGUUGUGGAAAAUACGCAAAAUAUCAGAAGGAAUACGGAGUCAUAUGACGACAGCGACUUCUACCAUCAGCAACUGCGUGAGCUUAUCGAGUACAAAACGAAUGCAUCAGUGAGCGCGAGCGAGGUCACGCAACAGUACAUGGAGCUGCAAAAACUGCGACAAAAAAUGAAGAAAAAGGUUGAUACGCGGGCGAGUAAGGGGCGAAAGCUGCGUUAUACGGUGCAUAAGAAACUAAUAAAUUUUAUGGCACCCGAUGAUACAUCAACGUGGACAGAGGAAUCGAAAGAUGAAUUGUAUAGAUCAUUAUUUGCAGCUUAAGUGUAUUUACUAUAAUGAAGAAAGUUUUUAGAUUAAAUAAAAUCUACUGUGUCCGUAAGAAGUUUUAGGUUUCAUUUAUAUUUUCAUUUAUUGUUUAGUUCUUUUCCGUUAUUUAUUUAAUAAACGUUCUUGAUACGUCAAGUAUGUACACAUGCGCACAACUUAAUUUUAUACUUUAUACAUACAU